AUGACUACGUUGACGGUCGCGGAUCUGAAGGAGAAGCUGAAGGAACGAGGUCUGCCGACAACCGGACCGAAGAGCGAACUGCUGAAGCGAUUACGCGAGGCAGGAGUCGACGCUGAGGAACUGGGUCUGACCGACGAGGUGCUGGACGACGAGUCGCAGAGGGAAGUAGGUGCCCAGAGCGUCGUUAAGGCGGUGCAAGAGAACGAUCUCCUACGGAGGGAGAGGGACUUAGCCGCGCGAGAGGUCGAGUUCUUGAGGAGAGAACUCGAGCUGGUAAGGACAACUCAACAGCCAGGAGGGAACGUGCCUGUCCGAGCCUAUGUACGAAAAUGGCAGGAUCUGAAGGAUCUGAUUGGCGAGUACGACGGUGGCAAUUUAGAUUUCGACCGAUGGGAAAAGCAGGUGGAGAAAUUACUUUCUUCAUACGACCUGAGCGAGCAUCAGGCGAAAGCGCUGAUAUGUAGCAAGCUGUCCGGCAAGGCGCUCAGAUGGUUUCACUCGAGGAUCGAUUGCGUCGAACUAAGCUGCAAAGACCUUCUCCAAGGAUUAAAACAAAUGUACGGACAACGAGUGGAUCCACUGAAAUUACGACGGAAGCUUGAGGCAAGAAUGUGGAACGCAGGCGAAUCCUUCGCGGAUUACCUCCACGAUAAGGUGAUCCUCGCGAACAGAGUACCAGUUGCUGAGGCUGAGUUAAUUAGCUACGUCAUCGAGGGCAUUCCAAGCCAGGAACUACGCACGCAAGCGCGGGUGCAAUGCUACCAGUCAACGGACGAGAUGCUGAUGGCGUUCGCGGAUGUCCCGUCGCCGAAGGGAGCCCCCCCGUGCGGCAAAUUAGGACAUCGGGCAGCUCAGUGCGAUUCUACCAACGAGGGCGUCAAAAAUUCCGCCAAGGAAGGUGUUCACUGGGUAACGAGCGAGCAGAGGGAGGACAACGAUUUCCGGCGAAAAGUCGAACUGCAAGUGAAUGCUAAGGACGGUAAUGUUAGUAUUAAUCUCGACGCGUUGAUUGAUUCAGGCAGUCCUAUUUCGUUUGUCAGAAGGCAAUAUAUCCCGCAAGAACUUAUGAUUGUUAAUUCGGAAUCUGACCGAUUUGUCGGUAUAAACGGUAGCGGUUUGAGAGUAUUUGGUUGUGUGAAUGUGACGCUUAUCUAUGAUUAUGAGAAAUACGCGAUCUUGUUACGAGUCGUCCCCGACGAUACGAUGCAAAGCUCAGUUAUAUUAGGUCGCGAUUUUAUGAAGGAGGCAAGACUGUCGAUAGGUAACGAUCGAGAAGUGAACGAAAUUAUGAGUAUCGAUGUUGACCAAGAUUGUCUAGGAGUAUCGACGCGUGAUAUGCAAGUAAACGAUAAUCUUCCGCUUGAGGUGAAGCAGCGAGCGCGCGAAUUAUUAGAGAAACGAUAUCUCGACGCACCGAGGCCGUCGGAACCGGCGACCGAAAAUAUUAUGUCCCUUACCCUUACGAGUAACGAACCAUUUUACUGCAAGCCGCGUAAGCUCUCAUUUUACGAAAAAGGCAAAUUACGGGAAAUUUUAGAUGAAUUGAUUGCGAAAGGCAUUAUCAGGGAAAGCACAUCCGAGUAUGCUUCGCCCAUCGUGUUGACAAAGAAAAAGAAUGGUGAAACGAGAAUGUGUGUAGAUUUUCGGGCACUCAAUAAAAUUACUACUCGCGAUCACUUUCCGCUUCCGCUAAUCGAAGAUCAGUUGGAUCUGUUGGAGGGUAAAAGGUACUUUACUACGCUCGAUCUCAAAGACGGGUUUUUUCACAUAAAGAUGCACGAGGAGUCGAUUAAAUAUACCUCUUUUGUUACUCCUCUUGGGCAGUACGAGUACGUGAGAAUGCCAUUCGGUCUUAAGGGCGCUCCCCUUAAGUUUCAGCGAUAUGUUACUCAAGUUUUUAAGGAUACGAUUAAUGCCGGGGAUAUUUCCGUUUAUCUAGACGACUUUCUCAUUGCGACUGAGACUAUCGAGUAUCAUUUUCAGAUAUUGCGAAAAGUUUUUGAGUUACUUGUAGCGAACCGAUUAGAGCUACGACUCGAUAAGUGCCGAUUUUUGCAGACGAAACUAGAUUAUCUAGGUUACACUAUUACUAGCCAGGGCAUUCGCCCGACUGACCAGGGUCUUGUGGCGGUCAAGAACUUCCCGAUUCCGCGAAACCUCCGGGACGUGCAGAGUUUUUUAGGGUUAUGUUCCUAUUUCCGAAAAUUUGUGGAGAAUUUCUCAAUUAUAGCGAAGCCAUUACAUGAUGUUACCAGGAAAAACGUUGAUUUUCACUUCGGAGAAGCCGAGAACCAGGCUUUCGAGACGCUAAAAAACCGCUUAAUGAACGCUCCUAUAGCUCUGAGUUUGACGCUGAAAAAAAAGGAAACUAAUCCGCGUAUUACGCGAUGGGUACUGGAGAUGCAAAACUUCGAUUACGCGUUGGAACAUAGGGCUGGUUCGCGUAUGUUACACGUUGACGCAUUGAGUCGACAAAUAUUAGUUGUCGAGGAUAACUCAUUUGACAAAAAUCUCUCCUUAUGUCAGACCGACGAUCCCUUGAUUUCAGAGGUCCGAACGGAAUUAGAACGCACAGAGAAUAAGUUUUUCGAGAUGAGAAACGGAUUAGUAUACCGGAAGCAAAAAGGGAAAAUAUUGUUUUACGUGCCCGCGGCACUAGAGUCUAGUAUCAUUCACAAGUAUCACAACGAGAUGAGCCACGUUGGUUCUGAAAAAAACGGUUAA